GUGUGGUUUCAAACUACCUGUGACAGGUCAAGUUACCUGGUACAUUCAUAACGCCGGCGUGCUCAUUCGAUAGUGGUUACAUCUACAAGAGAAAGCAGAUCAACUUCACAAAUGACAUCCUAUGGUUGUUUCUUUAAGCGUGCACAAACGUCCCUCCGCAUUUUCGAAUAGGUAUUUGUCAUAUUUAUGCGUCAAGCGAAAUGGGGCUUCCAAGUGUCAAGACCUCCCAGCUGUAUGAAUUCCACCUGUGAAUCCAGACGAAGUAGAAUCAUCUGGAGCCUCGUUGCCGCCCAGCCCUCUCUCCCUCACUGCCUGCAGAAAUUACGAGUGCCCUUCAGAAGCUGUGACAUCUGCAUGUUCCAUUAUACUCCAGAAUGGACUGAGCUCCUCUAACAGGUGGAGCUGCCCAGGUGACAGGUGGAGCCCAAGAUGCCUGUGGAGGUGCAACUCCCAGCCGGUAGUCAUGGACACCAUUGUCCCUGCAGCAUUGGAAGUGACAUAAUGUCGGAGGAGGAUGAACGUCGAGUCGCUACCCAGUCUGUGAACAACCCCUUGGGAUUGGACCUGAUCCUAGAGCACACUGAGCCCCUACUUUCUGAGUCCCACUUCCUUCCUCUUUUAGAUAUCAGUGAGGAGCCCCAAGACUGUCUGCCACUGGGAAGCUGCUUGAUCCAAGAUGGAAGCCUGUCUCUGGAUGGAUGUGUCCAGCUGGAAAGAAAAUGGGUGCUAUGGCAUGAGUUCAUGAAGGAGUGCUCCUCUCUCGGCGACUGGCUCCAAUUGGCUGAGAAGUCUGCCGACUCCCCGAGAUCUGCCAAUGUGCUCUUUGUCACUGCCAAGGAGGAGCUCAAGAAAUUUGAGAGCCUGAGGACCCAGGCUGGGGCCCGGUUAGUGCAGCUGGACAGUCUGACCCUUAGGAACAGGACCCUGACCAGGCUCUUUGAUGGGGCCAUGCGGUCACGCCUGCUUGGAAUGGCCAAGGACUGUGGUCAGCGCUGGGACCGCCUACACGGAACCGUUGAGAGUGUCUGCCGCAGACUUAAGCACCGUGUGUCCCAGCGGGAGGAGUUUGAGGGCCAGAGGGAGGAGAUGGCUGUGUGGCUUGCUGACAUGGACCUUAGGCUGACCGAGGUGGAACACUUCUCUGGAAGGGACACCUGUGACAAGAUGCGGGAGCUGCAGACCUUCCAGGAGGCAGUGGGGGAGAAUGCGGGGCGCCUGAACUGUCUCCUGGAGUGGGGUGAGGCGCUAAUCCAGAGGAGCGAGCCAGAGGAUGCCCAAGACAUCGAGGCGGGGCUGCAGGAGCUGCUGCUCUACUGUGCCCAAGUAUUUGAGGGAGUGGGCCGUCUGCACACACGCCUGCUCAGCAUGAGACUGGUGUAUGAGGAUGACUGGGUACUGACUCAAGCCUCUGACUCCGGCUGUCCAUCUGAGAUCCUGUUGGAGCAGGAUGGUGUGUUUGAGAAGAGCAGCGCCCCAGACCAGCGUAACCCCCCCAACCUGGACCACAUGGUGCUGGAGUGGGACCCCUCCGUCGACAUCGGGGGCCCCGUCUCCCAAUAUGACGCUGACUUGUCAUAUUUCAGCUCUCACACAGAUCGAGAGAAGCCAUUGGCCAGAGAUGGUGUGAAGAGGCGGAGUUACCUCAGCUCCAUAGACUCUCAGUCUGAUCUAAAUAACAGCGCAGCAGAGGACAUGAGUCUGGAGAGGAGGUUUGAGUAUGCAGGUCCAGAGGUGUUCUCACCUCCCACAACCCAGAGUGUCAGAGAUGACAGACCUCUACUCUCUGGCCGCUGGACGACCUCCACGCCCGACGGACCCUCCCCGGAGCCUGUGACCUUUGACCCUGCUCGCAUCAGCGCUUGGCUGGGACAGACGCGUGGCCACACCGUCCCCUCUAGGGUCCUUUCGGUCCAACAGCACAGAGCCUACUCCAAGGCUGUCCAGACCGACAGUACUGGGAAGUGUGCUUGUUGCUCUGAGGGAAGCCACAGUCUUGGGGACAUUGCUGUUCAGACACACACCCAGGAGCUGUGCUUGGCCGCCUGCAACUCACAGUCAUGUGACCUCCAGUCUGAUACGAUGACUUGUAAACUUCAAUCAAACCCACAGUCUCCAGAGGAAGAGCUGAACUGCAAUGCCUCAUGGGAGGUGGUCCAUAGUGGGCAACUGCCAAGUGAGUGCCCAGACAGACAAACCCAGUGCAGCUCGUGGCCCCUGGGGGCACUAAAGACUCUGUUCCUGGUCGUCCUGCUGGCUGUGUUCCUAGCCCUGCUGGUCUGGCCCUCAACACUCUUCAUGGACCCAGAGUGCCACCGCUCCAACUCCAUUGCUCGUACCUUCCAACUGGCCCUGAGUUACGUCAACGGGCCCCCGCCAACCUGAGGGACACAAGUGUCCCAGAAGGUGGUCACAUUAAAUCCAUGGUGAGCCCUGAACACACCUUAUUCAGGGGGGACAGUCCCAGAAAGCCUUUCCAUCUCAAAACCAUGAGUAAGGCAUUAACAAGGAGGCCGUAUGAGAAAAGAGAGAAAUUAAGAACUAUUAGGCCCAAUAAAAAUGUGGCCUUGGUAUUUAUUAUCUGAAUCCCUCCACCAGCCUGCUGGCAGAAGUAGCUCAUGACUUAAUAGGCCUCAUUUUAUAACGUUCUCUAAUGGCAUUCAUAAUGUCUUACUAUGCCAGGCUAGCACUUUUGUUGAUUGGUCUGUCAUGAUGGAUUUGUAACUUAUUUAUGUGGUGACUAUAAUCUAUAUGGACGACUUAAUGACAGCAAAUACUUUGCGCAAUUCUCUUUUGGGCAUUUGAAAUGAUCUGUAUAUCAAUAUUUAUUAUGUCAAAGCUAGAGAGCUUUCGAUUUAUUCUGCACUCUAUAUUGCAAGUGUUUGGGACUAUUGGUUCGAUCUGCAUUUUUGUCCAAAUUGAGUUAUUGAUCAAGCCUUGUUCUGUUCAAUGUUCUCUACCCAUAUAGUACUCAACACCCCAAUCUUGUUAAAUUCAAAAGAAUAUCAGACAAACAUUGACACCUUUCAAACCAUUGAGGGUUUGGAACUUUGAAGCCAAUUAUCUCAGAAUCAUCUUUUUGCAGGUUAUCGUUAGUCCCAAGCUCUCCAUUUCACAUGGGGUUUCCUCAAAUGAAUAAUAUUGUAUGCCCGAGUUCGGCUUUACUAGGGCGACUUGCAGACAUAACCCAUUUGUAGGUCAAUGGGAUAGGUGACCUGGUUAAUGCACUUAGGAAAAAUUAGCACUCCUUUUGUGCUGCCGCUGUGGGUGAGACCUUGUUUGCAUGUGCGUGGGUCGUUAGUAUAUACUCAAUGAAUUUCUUUUACAUCUGCUGCGACGCCAACUGGGUCCAGCUGGAAAACGAUCAGGCAAAAGCCAACUCAUCUGAGGCCAGUGAAGACCGUGUAAGCCUCUAAACAUACUGUAUGUGUUAUGUAAUGGUUUAUGGUCAAUGGCUAUAUUUUUGACAUAGUGGAUGCAAUCCUGGAUCUCAUCCGUAUGUCACAAAUGUAAUGUCAGUCUUAAGAAGUGAAUGGAUCAAAACUCCAUAAUAUUAUGUGAGGUACAUGCAGCUCAUCUGAAGAUGUUAGAAUAUGUCUUCCUUAUGCGUGUGUGUGUGUGUGUGUGUGUUUGUUUGUUUGUGGGGGAGUAUUUGCACAGUUUUGAUUCUUGUCCAUCCAGUGUGUAUCAGCGUGGACAUGUAGCGAAGUAUAACUAAUCAGAUUUCUUCAAAUCAGAUUCCUCAGCUUCUUGCAUUUUCAUGGAUGAUUUUUAAACUUCCCCUUUAUACAGUAAAGGUUUCCUGUUUUUGUUUUGUUUUUUUUAUAUAUGUGGAGUUCAAGAUCUGUACAUGCGUCAUGAAAUUAAAGAACAGUGUGAACA